AUGACACAAGAAAUUAAGAGUGGCAUUGCAGAUACCAAAUAUCAGUCGAAAUGGCCACUAUACUCCUGUAUGGAAUUCUUGAAAGAAGAAAUUUUAAAGUCUUUAAAAGGAAAGGAAUUCCCGAAAUGGUGUGACAAGGAAAUCGAGUCUAAAGACAAUGUGAAAGAGCAUCCUUUGUUGUGGAAUCGUCAACUGAAAGAGUAUAGGGACAGAAAUAAACGAUCUCAAGCCUUUGAGAAAAUAGCCACCCAGUGUAUACCAUUAGGAAGUAAGUCUGUUGAUGACUGCCAUACUAUGUCAGACAUGAAGGUAACAAAAAAUGUGGUACAGACACAAAUUCAGUUUCUGUUGCAACAUGGAAAUUUUACUAAAGCAUGA